AACGCAUGCCAUGUGAUUACCCAAUGCCAAAGUAACCGACCAACAAUUGAUGACGUUAAAUUGUCAAAUGCUUGUUCUUCAUAGUACAUUGCCAAUAUAAAACCACACCAUGGAUAAGGCACAGAGGGCCACACAUCGGGGAGAACCCAUAAAAUUGACAGAAUUAAAUAUGACACCGAUUUUGGUGGCUUUGAUUGUGGGUUUCAUUGCUGUUGCAUUGUUUGUAAUUUUGCGCAAAAAAUCAUCCGCCAGACGAGACAUUCUAUUGACGGGCAUCAGUGAGGCAGGCAAAAGUGCAUUAUUUAUGCAAGUUCUAUACAAUAAAUUCCCCGAGACUUUCACUUCAAUGUCGGAAAAUGUGGACACCUAUAAAAAGGGCAAUCUAAGCUGUAGGCUAAUUGAUAUUCCUGGGCAUUAUAGAGUGCGCGACAAGAGUUUCGAAAAGUACAAACGCACGGCGAAGGGUAUUGCUUUUGUUGUGGAUUCAGUGACAGUACAAAAAGAAAUACGUGAUGUGGCCGAUGCUUUGUAUUCCAUACUUACCGAUGCUGCCACAGCGUCCUGCAGAAUUUGUGUGUUUUGCAAUAAACAAGAUUCGACCACCGCCAAGAGUGUGGAAGUUAUCAAAUCUUCCUUGGAAAAGGAAUUAAAUUUGGUACGUGAUACACGCAGUCGUAAGUUGCAAUCCACCUCCGAUGAUGAAUCCAGCAAACCCGUGUAUUUGGGUAAACCAGGCAAAGAUGUCGAAUGGUCCCAUCUGCAACAGAACAUACAAUUCUAUCAAGGUUCCGCCAAGGAUGGGGAAUUCAGUGACUUAAAGGAAUGGAUUGAAAAGCUUUUGUAGACUAGUCGAUUAGCAUUUUUUUUUGUUUUCCUUUCCCACUCACCCAAUCACUUUGAAAUCUCCCAGUUAAAGGGGGGAUAGCAUUUUGUGUUUUUUUUUAUAUACUAUAAUUAAGUAACAAUCCCGAUUAUAGAUUAUGUUUUCUUUAGGUUUCUAGGGUAAUAUCCAUGUGUUGUGUUUAGCAUGUAUUUGUUAAAUUAUUUCGAAAAUCUUGUAACUAAAAGGAAACACAUUUUUUGUUAAAUAAAAUUAAGGAAUUUUUUUAAAAACAAAAA